ACUCGGGGCUCUGUCAGCCGGGAGGGAGCCGCUUGGAGAGGCGGACAUGGCGGAGCGCCGGGCCUUCGCCCAGAAAAUCAGCAGGACUGUGGCUGCGGAGGUACGCAAGCAAAUCUCAGGACAAUAUGGCUCCCCUCAACUGUACAAAAACCUGAGCGUAGGAGGCGGGGGGUCGCACCACGCCUCGGUACCUCUGACAGAAGUGGUGGAUCCUGUGGAUUUUGAGGAAUAUCUCAUGAGUCAUCCUAUGGCGGUGGAUUCGGGUCCUCUAAGGGAUCUGUAUGAAUUCCCUGCAGAUGAUAUUGAGGUGGUGUACACCCCCAGGGAAUGCAGGACCGUGGUCUCAUCCGUCCCAGAAGAGAGUGAAAUGGAUCCUCAUGUCAAAGACUGCAUACGAAGUUACACUGAGGACUGGGCCAUUGUCAAUAGGAAAUACCAAAAGCUAGGAACCGGCUUCAAUCCCAACACCCUGGACAAGCAGAAGGAGCGGCAGAGGGGUUUACCCAAACAAGUCUUCGAGUCGGAUGAGGCCCCAGAGAGCAGCACUUAUCAGGAUGAGCAGGACGAGCUGAAGAGGCGCUCGAUGUCCAUGGACGACACUCCGCGAGGAAGCUGGGCCUGCAGCAUCUUCGACCUCAAAAACUCCCUCCCCGACGCCUUGCUUUCAAACCUGCUCGACCGCACCCCCAACGAGGAGAUCGAUCACAUAAACGAACACCAAAGGAAGUCGAGCCGACACAAAGAAGUCUUUGCACUACAUCCAGCUCAGGACGAGGAUGAACCUAUCGAGCGCCUCAGUGUUCCCGAAGUGCCAAAAGAACAUUUUGGUCAGAGGCUGCUGGUGAAAUGUCUGACCCUCAAAUUUGAAAUAGAAAUUGAACCGAUAUUUGCAAGUCUGGCCUUGUAUGAUGCCAAGGAAAAGAAGAAGAUUUCAGAAAACUUCUUCUUUGAUCUAAACUCAGAGCAGAUAAAAGGAAUGCUCCGCCCCUACGUUAGUCAGGCGGCCAUCACCACGUUGGCAAGAUCUGCCAUCUUCUCCAUCACAUAUCCAUCCCAAGACGUCUUCCUGGUUAUUAAACUGGAAAAGGUAUUGCAGCAGGGUGACAUAGGAGAAUGUGCGGAGCCCUAUAUGAUCUAUAAGGAGGCGGAUGCAGCAAAAAAUAAGGAGAAGCUGGAAAAGCUGCGCGGUCAGGGGGAGCAGUUCUGCCAGAGACUGGGAAGGUAUCGCAUGCCCUUUGCAUGGACGGCAAUCCAUCUCAUGAACAUUGUGAGCAGCGCCGGCAGCUUGGAGCGAGACUCCAACGAGUUGGAAAUUGGACCUGGAGAGCGGAAGGGCUCCUGGUCAGAACGGCGGAAUUCCAGCAUCGUUGGGAGGCGUUCUCUGGAACGUACCACUAGCGGGGAUGAGUCUUGUAGCCUGUCCAGCUUUAGACCGGCAACACUGACCGUGACCAACUUCUUCAAACAGGAAGGCGAUCGGUUAAGCGAUGAGGACUUGUAUAAAUUCUUGGCUGACAUGAGGAGACCAUCUUCUGUUCUAAGAAGACUACGACCUAUUACUGCUCAGCUGAAGAUCGACAUUUCUCCAGCCCCGGAAAAUCCAAACUAUUGUUUAACACCCGAGCUGCUACAAGUGAAACCUUAUCCCGACACCAGAGUGCGGCCAACGAGGGAUAUCCUGGAAUUUCCCGCAAGGGAUGUGUACAUCCCAAACACAACUUACAGAAACCUCCUGUAUGUCUACCCUCAAAGCCUUAAUUUUGCCAAUCGCCAAGGAUCUGCAAGGAACAUAACGGUGAAGGUGCAGUUCAUGAGCGGGGAAGACCCAGGCAACGCCAUGCCGGUUAUCUUUGGAAAAUCAAGCUGCCCAGAAUUUUCAAAAGAAGCCUAUACUGCGGUCGUCUACCACAAUAGGUCUCCAGAUUUCCACGAAGAAAUAAAGAUCAAAUUGCCGGCCACGUUAACCGACCACCAUCAUCUGCUCUUCACCUUCUACCAUGUCAGCUGCCAACAGAAACAGAACACACCUCUAGAGACCCCCGUGGGUUACACGUGGAUUCCGAUGCUCCAGAACGGACGCCUAAAGACCGGACAGUUCUGUCUUCCUGUCUCUCUAGAGAAACCACCCCAGGCUUAUUCUGUGCUCUCCCCCGAGGUCCCUCUGCCUGGAAUGAAGUGGGUCGAUAACCACAAAGGUGUCUUCAAUGUUGAAGUGGUCUCUGUGUCUUCGGUUCACACUCAGGAUUCCUAUCUAGACAAGUUCUUCGCACUGGUUCACGCCCUGGACGAGCACAUGUUCCCCGUUCGAAUCGGCGACAUGAGAAUUGUGGAGAACAACUUGGAAAGCGAACUAAAAAACAGCAUCCUGGCCCUCAGCUCAGCGCAGUUGGAGCCCGUCGUGCGGUUCCUCCACCUUCUGCUCGAUAAAUUGAUCCUCUUGGUCGUAAGGCCUCCUGUUAUCGCCGGGCAGCUCGUUAACUUAGGACAAGCCUCAUUUGAGUCAAUGGCUUCCAUCACGAAUAGACUGCACAAGAAUCUGGAGGGAAACCAGGACCAGCACGGUCGGAAUAACCUCCUGGCAUCUUAUAUUCACUACGUGUUCAGACUUCCCAACACCGACCCCAAUUCUCCAUCUCCAGGACCCGGAGGUCUGGGGGCUUCCAUGCACUAUGCCACGAUGGCACGGUCAGCAAACAGGCCGGCAAGCCUUAAUUUAAAUCGCUCAAGGAGCCUUAGCAACAGCAAUCCUGACAUAUCGGGCACUCCUACAUCACCCGACGAUGAGGUCAGAUCAAUCAUUGCCAGCAAGGGUUUGGAUCGGUCCAACUCCUGGGUCAACACGGGGGGUCCCAAGACGACCCAGUGGGGGGCUAACCCCAGCCCCGGUGCUGACUCGGUGCAGGGUUUGGAUCGGUGUAAUCGCAUGUCAUCGCACACUGAGACUUCAAGUUUCUUACAAACUUUAACCGGACGGUUACCCACCAAAAAGCUGUUCCACGAGGAGCUUGCUCUGCAGUGGGUGGUAUGCAGCGGUGGUGUACGGGAGGCUGCCCUACAACAAGCCUGGUUCUUCUUCGAACUCAUGGUGAAGAGCAUGGUGCACCACUUGUACUUUGCAGACAAAAUGGAAUCUCCUCGCAAGCACCGGUUUCCCGAGCGUUUCAUGGAUGACAUCGCAGCAUUAGUUAGCACUAUGGCCAAUGACAUUGUCACAAGGUUUCAGAAGGAUACAGAAAUGGUAGAGAGACUCAAUGUCAGCUUGGCUUUCUUCCUCAAUGACCUCCUGUCCAUCAUGGACAGAGGCUUCGUCUUCAGCCUGAUUAAAGCCUAUUUCAAGCAGAUAUCAUCAAAACUGUAUCAGCUGCCUAACCCGAGCACCCUGGUCUCCUUACGACUGGACUUCUUGCGCAUCAUCUGCAGUCAUGAGCACUACGUCACUUUAAAUUUGCCAUGUGGCUUACUGACCCCUCCGUCUUCCCCUUCACCUUCAGUGUCUUCUGCCACUUCCCAGAGUUCUGGGUUUUCAACCAACAUCCAGGAUCAAAAGAUCGCUAAUAUGUUUGAACUGUCGGUUCCCUUCCGGCAGCAGCACUACCUGGCUGGUCUCGUCCUGACUGAACUGGCCGUCAUCUUGGAUCCAGAGGGUGAAGGGUUAUUUGGAUUGCAUAAGAAAGUGAUCAAUAUGGUACACAACCUGCUAUCUACUCACGACUCCGAUCCCCGCUAUGCUGAUCCUGAGGUAAAGGCCCGCGUGGCCAUGCUGUACCUUCCUUUGAUUGGCAUCGUCAUGGAGACCGUCCCCCAGCUGUACGAUUUCACAGAGUCUCUCAACCAGCGAGGAAGGCACGCCGCUGCCUCUGGAGAGGACCCCGACAGCGAGGGCGGAAAUAUGAUCAGCCAAACUGUCGCCAUGGCAAUCGCGGGGACGUCGGUGCCGCAGCUGACGAGGCCGAGCAGCUUCAUGUUGACAUCACAGCCUUCCAGACAACAUUCUUCGUUCUCCGCUGAGUCAAGCCGCAGCCUGCUGAUCUGCCUCCUCUGGGUGCUGAAGAACGCCGAUGAGAUUGUCCUGCAGAAGUGGUUCACAGACCUGUCCAUCCUGCAGCUCAACCGCCUGCUCGACCUCCUUUACCUCUGCGUCUCCUGCUUUGAGUACAAGGGAAAGAAAGUUUUUGAACGCAUGAACAGCUUGACGUUCAAGAAGUCAAAGGACAUGCGGGCCAAGCUGGAGGAAGCCAUACUUGGGAGCAUUGGAGCCAGACAGGAGAUGGUCAGGAGAAGCAGAGGUCAGCUUGAGAGGAGUCCAUCUGGAAGUGCAUUCGGCAGUCAGGAGAAUUUACGGUGGAGAAAAGAGAUGACUCACUGGAGACAAAACACGGACAAGAUGGACAAAAGCCACAAACCCAGCAGGUCCCGGGCAGAGCUGGAUCAUGAGGCUUUAAUAGAUGGAAAUCUGGCUACGGAGGCCAAUCUCAUCAUUCUGGAUACCCUGGAGAUCGUUGUACAGACUGUCUCAAUGACGGAAUCCAAAGAAAGUAUCCUAGGUGGGGUGCUGAAGACUCUACUGCACAGUAUGGCCUGCAACCAGAGCGCCCUCUACCUGCAGCACUGCUUCGCCACACAGAGAGCCCUGGUCUCUAAGUUUCCGGAGCUGUUGUUUGAAGAAGAGACGGAGCAGUGUGCGGAUCUCUGCCUUCGUCUGCUCAGACACUGCAGCAGCAGCAUCGGCACCAUCCGCUCCCACGCCAGCGCCUCCCUCUACCUGCUCAUGAGACAGAACUUCGAGAUUGGAAACAAUUUUGCACGUGUAAAGAUGCAAGUGACCAUGUCCCUGUCUUCCCUGGUUGGGACAUCUCAGAAUUUUAAUGAAGAAUUUUUACGUCGCUCUCUAAAGACGAUAUUAACGUACGCAGAAGAAGAUCUGGAGCUUCGAGAGACGACUUUUCCAGACCAGGUCCAGGAUUUGGUGUUCAACCUCCACAUGAUCCUGUCGGACACAGUGAAGAUGAAGGAGCACCAAGAAGAUCCAGAGAUGCUGAUUGAUCUGAUGUACAGAAUUGCGAAGGGAUACCAGACAUCGCCAGACUUGCGGUUGACUUGGCUGCAGAACAUGGCCGGCAAACACUCGGAGAGGGGCAAUCAUGCAGAAUCGGCGCAGUGCCUUGUUCAUUCAGCUGCCUUGGUGUCAGAAUAUCUCAGCAUGCUGGAGGACCGGAAGUACCUUCCCGUGGGCUGUGUCACCUUCCAGAAUAUUUCCUCCAAUGUCCUGGAAGAGUCUGCAGUGUCGGAUGAUGUUGUCUCCCCAGACGAGGAAGGAAUAUGUUCUGGAAAGUACUUCACGGAAGCUGGACUUGUGGGGCUCCUGGAACAAGCCGCAGCCUCAUUCUCCUUGGGCGGCAUGUAUGAGGCCGUGAAUGACGUUUAUAAAGUUCUAAUCCCUAUACACGAAGCCAACCGAGAAGCCAAGAAGCUGUGUACAAUUCACGGUAAACUGCAGGAAGCGUUCAGCAAGAUUGUCCACCAGAGUACUGGCUGGGAGAGGAUGUUUGGCACCUAUUUCCGAGUUGGCUUUUACGGAACUCGAUUUGGAGACUUGGACGAACAGGAGUUUGUUUACAAAGAGCCGGCCAUAACUAAGCUGGCCGAGAUCUCGCACAGGCUGGAGGGCUUCUAUGGCGAGAGGUUCGGAGAAGAUGCUGUGGAAGUUAUCAAAGACUCCAACCUGGUGGAUAAAUGCAAAUUAGACUCAAACAAGGCCUUCGUACAGAUAACCUAUGUGGAGCCGUACUUUGACACUUACGAAAUGAAAGACAGAAUCACCUACUUUGAUAAGAACUACAAUCUGCGCAGAUUUAUGUACUGCACCCCCUUCACGCUGGACGGGCGAGCGCAUGGUGAAUUACACGAGCAGUUCAAGAGGAAGACGAUCCUGACCACGUCACACGCUUUCCCUUACAUCAAAACCCGCAUUAAUGUCAUCCAUAAGGAGGAGAUUAUCCUCACUCCCAUUGAAGUGGCAAUAGAAGAUAUGCAAAAGAAGACUCAGGAGCUGGCAUUCGCCACCCACCAAGAACCAGCCGACCCGAAAAUGCUGCAGAUGGUCCUCCAGGGUUCAGUAGGGACCACAGUGAAUCAGGGCCCGUUGGAGGUCGCUCAGGUAUUUCUGUCGGAGAUUCCAAAUGACCCGAAACUCUUCCGGCACCAUAACAAGCUCAGACUUUGCUUCAAGGAUUUUACCAAAAGGUGUGAGGAUGCCCUGAGGAAAAACAAGAGCCUGAUAGGCCCCGAUCAGAAGGAAUAUCAGAGGGAACUAGAACGUAAUUACCACCGCCUGAAAGAGGCGCUACAGCCACUCAUCAACAGGAAGAUCCCUCAGCUAUACAAGAAUGUGGUGCCGGCCACCUGUCACAGGGAUUCGUUCAGCAGGAUGAGCCUACGGAAAGUCGACCUGUGAGUGGGUGACGGAGAUUCGGUACCAAUAGAGAAGGAUCCAGGCGUCUGCCGACACCGAGGGAACCAAUCGCUUGUUCUGGAGAGACCAGGGCGCCGCGAUCCCAACCAAUUGCUGAACCGCGACCUGAAAGUCGUUUCCCCCCCACAGACUGUUACUGGACGGUCCGCCGCGGCAACGUCUCCUUUACCUGCGUUACAUUUCAUUUCCUUUUUAUUUCCUGUGGUACUUUUAUCUCUAUUUAUGCAAUUUACAUUCAUUUUGUAUUUACAUUUUAAUUUAUAUUCUAAACAUUUAAAGGGUCAUUUUAACUUUUUUUUUUUUUUUAGGUACUUUUUUAAUAUUUCCACCAAAAAAUGUGGGAUGUACGUUUUUUUUUUUUUUUUUUUAACAGUCGCCAAAUGAACUACAAAAAUUGUCAACUGCGGUACAAAAGACCCUUUAGGAAGCUCUCUGGGACUGGCGGACUACAUGUCCCAUGGGUAGGGAGGGCCUGGGAGGAGACAGUCGCUACUUGAACCACUUGCAUGGUAUUAGUCAAAAAAAGCAUAGAUAAAAAUUAAAGUGGUUUUAAACCCUUAUAUAUGCCCAGUGAAGUGACUGGCCUACACAGAGAUGACACCA